AUGGAGCGCGAAAGGCAGAAAGGAGAUCCAGUGCACAGAAGGUUUACCCUGCUGGUUGGUUCCGUACUGGUGCUGCUGGCAUGCGUCCAGCUAGCGGCUAGCUGCAACGAGAUGGUGUGCGCUAGCAUCGUGUCCAAGUGCAUGCUGACGCAAAGCUGCAAAUGCGACAUGAAGAGCUGCACAUGCUGCAAGGAGUGUGCCGAGUGUCUUAGCUAUCUGUACACGGAAUGCUGCAGCUGCCUGGAGAUGUGUCCGAAACCGAACGAAACGUCCAACGAGCUAUCGAAGCAAUCACAUAUCGAAGAUCUGGAGGGAUUCCCGAACCUGUACGACGUGAUCACGUCCGAGCAGGAUGCGCAGGGCCGCUGGAAGGUGAUCUCGUUCCCGAUCGAUAUCGAUGCGGCACUGUACGGUCCGAAGGGAGAUGGUGCCACCAAAUACGUUGUUCAUAUGGAUUUGAAGCAGAAGUAUGAGGAUCCGAAUAAAAUCACGGUCAACUGUACCGUCGCCUACCAGGCACAAUGUAUGUCGUGGAACAAGUGCAAAGAAAGUUGCCGUACAAUGGGGGCCAGCAGCUAUCGCUGGUUCCAUGAUGGUUGCUGCGAAUGCAUCGGUCAGUAUUGUCUGAACUACGGCAUCAAUGAGUCGCGCUGUCGCGACUGUCCCGAGAACAAGGAGCACGAUCUGGACGAUUUUGCUCCCGAAGACGAACUGGACUAUGGGGACGGUAUGGGACCGCUCGAUAAUGCAGCCAUAGAAUCGACCAACAUAUGA